AUGAAAUUGAUCAUUGUAACUGCAUUACUUCUUGUUGUGGCUCUUCCUGAAUUUAAGAGAGCAUCAGCUCAAGAUUUACAAAGGGCCAACGAAAUCUUGACCAAGUUUCCCGUUAUUGAUGGGCACAACGAUUUACCUUACCAAUAUCGUAAAAUUGUUCGCAACCAAGUAGAAAAAUUAAAUAUCCAAGCGAGUUAUCCUGCUAUUCAUACUGAUAUCCCCAGAUUACGAAAGGGCCAUGUUGGUGGACAGUUUUGGGCUGCUUAUACCAGUUGUAAUACUCAAUAUAAAGAUUCCAUUCGUGCAGCUUUCCAACAAGUAGAUGUUAUCCAUCGCUUUGUCAAUCAAUACCCCAACACCUUCCAAUUUGCACUAACUGCAGCCGAUAUCGAAUCAUCCCUAAAAAACGGUAAAAUUGCUUCCUUGAUUGGUUUAGAGGGUGGCCAUAUGAUUGCUAGUAGCUUGGCUGCACUCCGACAACUUUAUGAUCUUGGAGUUCGUUACAUGACUGUAACACAUAACUGCAAUACUCCAUGGGCUAGAGCAUGCUGUGAUAGCUCUCCUUGGGCAUACCCAGGAAAAGGACUUAAUACUUUUGGAGAAUAUGUUAUUAGAGAAAUGAACAGACUUGGUAUGAUGGUAGAUAUUUCUCAUGUCCAUACAGACACGAUGAAGGAUGUCUUAAAACUUACUAAAGCACCAGUUAUCUUUAGCCAUUCAUCGGCGGAAGCAACCUGUGUUCAUGUUCGUAACGUACCUGAUGAUGUCUUAAAAAUGCUGCCUCAAACUGAUGCUGUCGUCAUGAUCAACUUCUACAACAGAUUUGUAAAUUGCUCCGAUUUUUGCGAUGUCAACCUUGUUGCUGACAAUAUUGACUAUAUCAAGAAUUUGAUUGGAGUUGAUUAUAUUGGUAUGGGAGCUGAUUAUGAUGGCGUAUCAUAUGUACCCACCGGCUUGGAAGAUGUUUCAACUUACCCGACAUUGUUUGCUGAAUUGGUUAGAAGGGGUUAUACAGAAGAAGAAUUGGGGAAAAUUGCACAAGGAAAUCUUUUACGUGUCAUGAAAAAAGUUGAAAAAGUAAAAAGUGAAUUAGCUUAUUUACCACCCUAUGAAGAACAUCUUCAGCCCCCCCUAACAGAUAAACCAUGUCGUCCAAAUUGGUAGACCAGUUUGUUUAACUAUUUUUUGUUGUAUUUGUUACACGAUGAAGAAUUAGUAAAAUUUAUUACUAUUGUGCUUAUCAUCUUUCAAAGCAAUUGAAUAUCUAAAAUCAUGUAAUUGUCGUUGUACUGGUAUAUCUACUGUGACCUAUGGUAAUUAUGUUGAAAUUUUGAAAUGUUGUUCAAGCUUUUACCACUCUUUAUUUACG